CUCGCCGUGCAUCAUACUACCGGUACCGGUAGUUAGUGUAAGCUGUGACUGUCGCAAGUUUAUGCUGACACCCUCCCCCCCCCGCCUUCAAGCGGUUCCUUGCAAGCUGUCCAAACGGAUGAGAUGAGUUGAGUGUGAUGCUUCAGGUUAGACUAAGUAAUAUCGAGCUUAUCGGGUGGCAUUCUUUCUGGGCAAGCAUUAUCUCUGUUGCAGGGAAGUCCCCACAGGAUGCCGAGAUAAGGUCAAGUGCCACGAGGGUAACAAUCGGUGGUGUCCCAGUCGUAGAAAACGGUGAGAUACGGCUCGAGGCGCAACCGUACCUAGACAGAAUCUCGAGUGGGUUGAAGGACGUAACUCGAAGGAGGGGGGGGGGAAGGUGGCAGCACCAGCUAGCGGAGCGCAGGAAUGCAGGUCUUGGCCCAGAACGGCGUCUGGGGAAGCCGAUUGCAUCGCGCGAAACAUCAAUCUGGCAGGUCGGAGGUCUUGGUAUCCAGCACAGCCCCGUUUCCAGGUCUCCAGAUGGGAAUCUGCUGACUGUUGCCGGUUCCAGCGCCCCGCCGCGUAGCAUUCGGGAAGGGGUUUUUGCGUCGAGCCGGAAAUUGGGUCGAAACAUUUGAUGAGUGGCGGCAAACACAAUGCGGGAAAAUUCGUUUC